AUGACAAAUGUGACACUUUGUGAAAGAGACGAUCAGAACGUGUUGGUAAGGGGUCUGCGAGUGGAGGAGGACUGGAAAUACGUAGCCAUGGUUUUGGACCGACUCUUUCUAUGGAUAUUCGCCUUUUCGUGUGUAAUCGGAAGUAUUCUCAUCAUAUUCAGCGCCCCUUCGCUCUACGACCAGACCCUUCCCAUUGAUGUCAAACACACCAAAUUAGCUUAACAUGUGUUUCCCAUCUCUUCUCUCCUCGUUAUCUCAUUUCUAAUAUAUUUUUAUUAAUUAUGACAUAAAUAUAUUGUUUUCCUUUUCUAAUGUAAAUAACAUUUUUAGUUCUUUAAAUCUAGUC